CUUGACUGCAAGAUGCGAUGGAACUCUACAUUCUUGAUGUUGAGUGUUGCUAUAAGCUACAAAGAAGUUUUCGAUCGGGUAAAGACAAGAGACCCGAAGUAUACAUGUUUUCCUACAUAACAGGAUUGGGAGUUGGCUAGUGAGAUUUGUGAAAGAUUACAACUUUUUUAUGAGGUGACUGUUAUGUUCUCUGGUUCAAAGUAUCCUACAGCUAAUGUUUUUUUUCCUUUGAUAUGUGAGAUUGGGUAUUCUUUGCGUGAGUGGACGAAAUCUCCUAUUGAGGAGAUUAGGGAUAUGGCUGACCAAAUGGUUUCUAAGUUCAAUAAGUAUUGGUCUGCAAUUCAUGGGAUAAUGGGAAUGGCAGCGGUUUUAGAUCCACGAUACAAGUUAAAGUUUGUGGAGUUACUUUUGCAUGUGCUUUAUGGAGAAGAAAAGACAAAUAUUGAAUUUCAAAAUUUGGAGUCGUUUGUCCAAACUUUGUUUCAAGAGUACGAGUCAAGUAAUGCAUCUAAAAAAAGGAAGAGUGAAGGUGUUUAUGGUGGUUCAGUUCCCGGUUCAUCUUCAUUUUGUUCUAGUAUCUCUUCCAGUCAUCGUGUUGGAUUCAAAAAGCUCUUAUCGGAUAUUGCUUCUAUUAUUAGAGAUGAUGAUGAAUCAGGAGGUAUGAGUGAGUUGAAUAACUACUUGAAGGAGAAAUUGUUGCCUAAAGACAUGGAACUUGAUUUGUUGGCGUGGUGGAAAACAAAUGGGAUUAAGUACCCGACACUACAAAGGAUAGCUAAAGAUAUAUUAGUUAUUCCUAUUUCCACAUUGCCUCGGAAUCAGCUUUCAGCACUAGUGGAAGAUUAG